AGCCGGUACCUGCUGGAGGAGAAGAGCCUGCAGCUGACUUGAGGACAGGAGCUGUGUCACCUGAUGAGGAACCAUCAUGGGGAGGAAGACCUUGAGGAUUUGAUGUCAAAAGGGUCUUUACAAGUCUUUACAUUGUACGUCUUGGGUGAAGAUGAGGACACACCUGUUUAGGGUGAAGACCGUCCAAACUGCUGCAGGAGUCCCCGUUAGCGUCUGUUUCUUCUGCUGCGUACUCCGCAGGAUAAAGGCGAACGUUCUCUCGCUUCGGACGACCCAAGAGAGACGACCCCGGCAUCGCCUUGCAGGGGAAAAAAUGGGACCGAUACAGCUGCUGUGUCGUGUUUAUGAGGAAGUGCUUCUUCAGAGGAGUGGCGUCAUCGAUGUUCGUCGCCAUCAUCAAUUUAAAUACACAGAAAAAAAGAAGAAAAGUCCAAAAUUUGGGAUAAUUUUGUAGGAUCACAUGUAUUGAUGUUUUUAAUACAGUAGAUGGCGCCAUUGAAACACCUACAUGGUAUCAGCAGUGUCAAUACAGCUAAGCCUUCCCACUGUCUGGUCCCGCUCACGUCCCACAUGGGGAUGCUCACUCCCGACACUCCCUAAAACCUUAUUUACUUGCUGACCUCUGGUACGUUACAGACGUGGCGCAGAAGAAGUAGGUCGAGGACUUGCGACCCUCCGAGACAAGAUAAGGAAGUUAUCUGCAGAACGUGCAAUUGUCUGAACGGUAGACGUUGCUGCGAGUCGGAUGAUAUUGCCGCUGCUGAGCUUUGACUACUGAACAUAGUUCGAGUCUCUUCCCGCCUAUUUUUAGUGCUGGCCCUCGCAACAAUGUCAUGCGUAACUCGACGCCAUCUGUUAAGUCGGAGCUUGUUGAAUGUCAGUUGCCAGAAGUAGAGACCCCGCCAGUCGGCUUCCCGUCCGCUCUCCCGCCGCCAGCCCCCCAUGGAGUCUGAGGAACAACAGAGAGAGUCCUGCAGCCUCCUCGUGCCCGGAUGGGGUUGCCCGGACGUGGACGAGGACGACAGCGAGGUGGUGAUCGGCAUCCGGCCCAAGUCCUCGCCUCUCCCGCGGAGAAAGAGCUCCGUCUCCGACGAGGACUCGGAACCGGACUCGCCGCCGCCGCUUUCUGGCUCCAGGAGGGUGUCCUUCGCUGACGCCAAGGGUCUAAGUUUGGUGCAAGUGAAGGAGUUUGAUUUGUGGGACGUGCCCAAGCCGCCGGGAUUCCAGUCCCAAGAAGACGACAAAGCGGUUUCAGAGGACUUCUCCCUAUGCCCUCUGACUUUUCACUCCCCGUUGUCUCCUGAGGAUCUGCUGGUGAGGGUCCAGGAGCAGAAAAUAGAGCUGGAGUCCCUGGAGCUGAUCCCAGGAACGAGCACGCUGAAAGGGGUGGUGCGUGUCCUCAACGUGUCCUACCACAAGGCCGUGUACGUGCGGACCACCUUGGACCGCUGGGCGAGCCACUUCGACCUCCUGACAGAGUACCUCCCCGCCCCCGACGACGACGACGCCCACACGGUCCACUUCGCUUUCAAGCUCACCCUGGUGCCGCCGUUCCAGGAGCAGGGGUUCCGCGUCGAAUUCUGCCUCAGGUACGAGACCCCCGUGGGGACGUUCUGGGCCAACAACGGCAACAGGAACUACGCGCUGCUCUGCCAGCAGCGAGUGACGCAGAAAGAGAAUACACAGAAGAAAAGCUGCCUGAAGACCAUCUGUCAAAACUUUGUGGAAAACUCCUCAGAAACACCAUCUCAGGAAACGCUGUUAGCAGAUGGGGCGACAGAUGGAGAAAAAGCAGAGGAGGUCAAAGCCGUUCCACUUCCUGAUGGUCGGACAGAGGAGGACAGAAAGAAUUUACAGACUGAGAACCGGACCAACUGCAGCCGAAGAAAUCGGCGAAAGGCGGCGCGGAUGGCUCGGGUGAAGGACUACUUCUCUCAAAGAGACGGCGGUGAUGUAUCGCCUCCAGAAGACAAAACCGCCACCAAAGACGCAAUCUCAGAGGGAAACCCAAAAGAUACGCAUAAAGAGAACGUAAAAUUAAAAGAUCCAUUCGGUGAUGAGGCAGCGAUUGAACACGACACGGAAGAGGAAGACUCGGGCGCACCUGUGGCCGUCUGUGGGACUUCAUUACCAGGCACAGGCAAUGAAGAACCGAGACACCGCCUCACGUGUGGGACUGCGAUGGUUCCUCUGUACCAGCAGAUGUUUGACAACAGUGACUGGAAACUUCCAGAAAAGACAACUCCUUCCACAGAGGAAAAAGACGCCUCAACAGAACGUGAAGAAUUUCCGAACAACACCAUCGAUGACUCAACACAAGAGUGUUUUGACGCCACAGUGAAGGUUCCUUUCCUAGUGAAGGACACAUGGAAUGAUCCUGAAGUGCUAGAACAUGCUACUGAUGAUCAAAUAAGUAUAAAUAUAAGAGAUGUUGCAGAUUUACCAACAGUCAGGGACGCUUCAGGUGAAACGCAGAAGGACAUCCCGCUUCUGUCGCCGUCCCAGUUGGAUCACGACCACGAUGAUCAACAGAUGGGUUUGAAGCAGGCAGAAGAAGCCGAAGCUUCAAACCAUUUGGAAGUUACUCAUUACGCCAAAGAACAUGACAACAUCUUUGCUUCUUGUGCUGUUGGAACACCUUGUCCCGAGGAACCUCGUGAGGCCGUGCUCGAUUUCCUCGAAGAUAUGGCUGGAGGUAAACUUGUUGAACCCAGCACCAUUCUUGAAGACGAGCCUGGUGUUUUAGACGUGGCUAAGUGUCCAAAGGAAGAGACAUUUAGCUGUGCUGAGAACGUUGAGGUACAAAAGUGGGAAAUGAUGGUAGAGGAGGAAGAAGUGAACGUGUUCGCAGGUGAAGAGCGGAGCUCUGGAGAACAGAAUCAUGACCACCUGAUAGUAGAAACUGAGGCCGUCACAUCUACUGAGGCGGAGGUGCUUGUGCCGCUCCAGAACCAGAUAACAACUGGCGGAGAGGAGCCUGUGGAGAGCGUUGUUUGGGAAGAUAACAAAUCUGUUUCCAAAGAGUUUGAAGCCAAAAACCUGGAGAAGACAACGUUAGACUCACAGCAAGAUGUUUCUGAGAUGCGAGAAAGCAAAAUGGAGGUUGAGAAGUUGGAAGGGGUCGAUGAUGAGGAUGGGGUGGAUACCGAGGAGCGAGAAAAGGAUCUACACCAUCCAGAGCUCGUUGACGUGGCAAAAGACAAACAGGAUGAAGUCCAGAUGUUGGAGUUUGAUCACAACAAGCUGGAGGAUUCUCUUCUGAAUCAUCUACAGGACAAUGAUGUAUCCAGAGAAGACCUAAAGGAAGUCCAGAUGUUGGAGUGGGAUCAUAGCAGGCUUGAGGAUGCUCUUCUGAAUCAGCUACAGGAGAAUGAUGGAUCCAGAAAAUAUAUAAAUGAAGUCCAGAUGUUGGAGUGUGAUCCUAACAGGCUUGAGGAUGCUCUUCUGAAUUGUCUAGAGGAGGAUGAUGGAUCCAAAAAAGAUCAAAGAGAAGAACUAAAUGAAGUCCAGAUGUUGGAGUUUGACCAUAACAAGCUUGAGGAUUCUCUUCUGAAUGAUCUCCAGGAGGAUGAUGGAUCCAGUGAAGACCUAAAGGAAGUCCAGAUGUUAAAGUUUGAUCACAACAAGCUUAAGGAUACUCUUCUGAAUUAUCUUCAGGAGGAUGAUGGAUCCAGAGAAGAUUCAAGAGAAGAACUAAAUGAAGUCCAGAUGUCAGAGUUUGACCAUAGCAAGCUUGAGGAUACUCUUCUGAAUCAUCUCCAGGAGGAUGAUGGAUCCAGAGAAGAUCUAAAGGAAGUCCAGAUGUUGGAGUUUGAUCAUGGCAAGUGUGAGGGUGCUCUUCUGAAUCAUCUCCCGGAGGAUGAUGGAUCCAGAGAAGAUCCAAGUGAAGAACCAACUGCUAGGAUCCUAGAUGAAUCAGAUGGCCAAGAUGAUGGCGAAAAGACUGCGACGCUACAUGGCCAAGAUAUGAACGAGGGACCCGAGAACGACCACACGAGCGACGACAGCGAUUCGGACGACGAGGUGGAGCUAUACAUGCACUGCCUGAGGGCGGUCCACGCCGGCGCACGAGCCGCCAAAGACCAGAGCGCCGACGCGGCCUUCAACCCAAGUAAGCGGCCUUCUCUGAGCAGCAGCAAGCCGCUGUCCGCACCCAUGCCCUCCAUCAGCGAGGCGGCGGAUGAAGAACAUCUCUGCUGUGAAGACGCACACACAGUGGACGUCCACGCCGAGCCACAGGCGGGCGGAGCUCCGAGCACCAUCAGAAAGGCGUCCUGGUGGCGGGAGACUUCUUGCAGGUGCAUCUCCAAAACGUUGCUGUUUGCCGCCUUGUUAGCGGUGUUUGUAGUCACGGCUUACUAUUACGACUUUCUGGCCUGUUUUGGCCUCUACUUGAUUUCUGUGCUUUGGCUCUUGUGUCAAGAAGAGAAGCAGCCCAUGAAAGACAACACAAUGGGCUGAAUUCAUCCUGAAACACAUUGCUGCGUCUGACACACCAUUUUUUGUUUUUUUGGAGACACUUUGUGUCAUUAAUUAGACAUCCAGGAUAUAUUUAGCCAAAUAGAAACAUGAUGUAUAUCUUUUACUCCUGACAUAUGAAAUUGUGAAAAUGUGUAUGAAGGUUUAUUUGGUUUUUUUUUAUUAUUACCAAAGCUUUUUUUGGACUGAAUUUUUGGUGUUUGAAUUUUGUGAACUGAAUUAUUAUUUAUUUUUCAAAUUAUGCUGACAAUUUCAUUGACUAGACAUUUUUGGAGCAAAAGUAGUGUGUUUAAAAAUUCAGUUUGUUAAAAUACACUGUAAAAAAAAAUUCAGUACACAAUAAUAUUCUUUGCUUCAAAACUCAAGAAGUUUGCAGUCAUGUGACAGGAUACACAGGGGUCACUUGACUGCAAACUCGACCCCUCAUUGGCCGGUUCUGAGACAGGCUCGAUUGAGUCAGUCUUAAUUUAUCGGAAGUGAGUCUUGAGUUUUGAAGCAACAAACAUUUUUACAUUGAUUUUUCUACACACUUAAUUUUAAAACGCUAUAUUUUUACAAACUUAUUUUUUUUAUAACGCACAUUUUAUCCAUCAAACUGUAGGGUGUCAAAAAUGACAAAAUUUACGCAAA